GCCAAUCACCUCAAUAAGGCCACACUUUUAAGCGCCAUUUCCAGGGAAACUCCUCAUCAAGUCACCCUACCAGACUAUUUUUCCUCCUUAGUUGCCCGUAAUAACACCCCUUCUCGUCAUAGAAGCCAGACCCUAGCCGUAUUCAGACUACUCGCUAUUCUCACCCACUCGAUCUACAGUUUGACUUAGCUGGCUUAAACAGAUACAGAAAUUUACCCGGAGUUUAAGUUGAUUCGGUUUUGAUAAACGGUUCCAACGUAUUCGCAGGUUCAAAUCAACACUCCUUAGUGCUUGUUACGCCCUUUCGGCUUUACCGUUCACAGUUGCAUCCGUUACGACCCCUUCUGCUUGUCGAAUCGAUUUACUAACUUUGGUGUUUGGAAUUCGCUCCAGAUUUAUAACAAGCACACAGAUCACCUCUUUUCACCCCUCUCGUAAUGUCUGUCGACUUCCACAUCCUGCUCCAGCAGUCCAACUUCAAAAUCCCACACGAGCUCGCCAAGAAAAAUCUCAAGUCGAUACAGAAGCUCAUCGAAAAGCAAAAGAAACAGGUUUUGGCAGACUUAUCCAAAAUCACUGGGGCCCAGGCAGCGGUUAAACUCUCUAAACAGCAGCGCCUGGAAGCACUCGCCAAAAUCAUUCGCGGCUUUGAUGCGUUCCUGACCAAACUCCUGGCAAAAGCUACUAUUGCAGCGGAUUUCAUGCAUCGAUUGCAGUGUCGGUCGGACAAAAUAAAGGAGCUUCAGACAUUAAUAUCGGCGAGCAGCGAAGACUCUGGGAUCACAGCCCAGUCUAUUCGCCUUGGCCAGUGGUACCGCGAUCAAAUAAAUUUGCUCGUGGUGGACUACCUUCUCAAAUCAUCAUCGGGCGGCGAAAACAUUGGUCUUGAGUUGCUCGAGCAGCUUGCUGCGCUGGACCCGAACUUGAAAAACCUCAUCGACUUUGAUGUGUACGUGCAGUAUAAUAAGAUUUACACAUCCAUUACACAGGACCACGAUAUUUCCUUGUUGAACAGUUGGUUCCAGGAUAACAAGUUAACAAUCAAGAAAAUUGUCUACGUCAAAAGCGUGGCCUCGGACGAGGAGCAGAAAAGCAAAGAGACGGUGGAGUAUGGUUCCUCGCUUGAGUUUGAGCUCAAAUUUCAAGAGUUCUUGAACAUUGUCACUGAGGGUAGUAUCAUCGAUGCCAUUGGGUUCUGUAAGACCUCGUUGGCAGCUUACAUGGACCUUACGAACUACACGUAUGACUACAACUACCACCAAAAUAUCAAACGGAUCACCAACAUUGGUGGUAUCUUGCUUUACAAAUCUAUGCAAACAGAAGAUGGCAUGCCAAAGCAAUCUGAGAAUGAUGAUUCACAGGAGCCGGGUUUUGUCACCGCUUAUCAUACCCUCGUUUCCCAGAAGCGAUGGCUGGAUCUCGGAAAGUUGUUUACAGCGGAUUUCUUUCAGAUCUACGGCAUCUCGUACAACUAUCCCUUGUUCAUCUACCUAUCUGCCGGGUUGUGCUCUCUCAAGACUAAAUCAUGUGCCGGAUGUGACGUCGAGUACAUCACUUCUAAGCAUGCUGAAGGGUUGAAGGCUUCCGCAGGGAGUGAUACCGAGAUGGAUUUAGGUGCCACUGACAUUGUUUCGCCUGAUCUAAGCUCCAGAGGCUCAUCUGCGGGGUCGUCAGUUCCCUCAGCACCACUCAAGGUUAACUUCUGUCCCGUGUGCUCUGCCGAGCUCUAUGAUUUGACGACGCAUUUGCCCUUCGCACACCUUGUCACUAGUAGCAUUAUCAGCGGGAACCCGAUCAUGUUACCAAACGGUAAUAUUUAUGACGAAGACAAGUUGUUUAACCUCCAGGAAAAGUUGCGGAGCAAGGAGUUGAGAGAGAAAGAUAGCGAAGCGAGCGGAGAGGAUGAUAGUGAGGAUGAUGAGAUGGUGUAUGAUCCGAUCACAGGGGAGAAGUUUGAGAUGGGCCAAAUUGAAAAAGCCUAUCCAACUUAGAGCCACCAAGGUACGAACGUAAUGUCGAACUCGAAUAUGAAUUAUGCCAAUUUAAUUUUUAAAAAGUCUACGUAUAUGAUAUUUGCAAGGUCAUUAGAUAAUAGACAAAGUAAG